AAAAAAAAAAAUGUUUCGUUUUCCACAUGUCUGGAAUGUGUGAGCUUGUCGCUUUUAGUCUCAUUUCUUCCCCCCAACAAAAACGAUCGAGAUCAUUUCUGGCUUCGAGUGCUGCCAGUGUCAACUUGCAACCAACCGGCCAAACGCUCAACAUUUAACAGUGACAUGUCAGUCGCCCGCCUUUUGAGUGUUUUUGCCACCUUGCUCAAAGUGACAUUGUUGCAAGACAAACCGGUGGUUGACAACGCCAUUUUCCGACUGCAUUAUCGAUUCACGUGCGUCUUCUUCCUCGCUGCCAGCGUCCUGGUCACGGCCAUCGACUUGUUCGGCAAACCCAUCGAUUGCAUUGGCGACGUGUUUCCACAGAGGCGCGGUCUCAACACUUACUGCUGGAUCCAGCACACGUUCACCGUCCCAUUUGAGAGCCAUCAAAUUCAUCCGUGCGUCGGGCCGCCAUCGAGUGAGAAGCGCUACCACAGCUACUACCAAUGGGUGCCGUUCGUCUUGUUCUUCCAGGGCCUGCUUUUCUACCUACCGCACUGGAUCUGGAAGCAGCACGAGAACGGCAUCGUCGGCCAGUUGACGGAAGGCAGGCGCGGGUUCGAUUUGAAAGGUCGAGAUGCAACGCUUUGGCGACCUCUGCUGUCAAGUUACCUCAACGAAACGAUGGGGACGCACGGCUACUUGGGCGUGGCCCACGUCACUUGCGAGCUCUUUAAUUUGGUCAACGCUAUCGGCAACAUCUACUUGAUCGACCUGUUCCUCGGUGGCUACUUCUUCGAUUACGGAUGGCAGAUUCUUCAACGGCAAAGCCUCGACCAAGAGGAACGACGCGAUCACAUGAUUGAAAUUUUCCCGCGCGUCACCAAAUGCACGUUGGACACUUACGGAUCGUCGGGAAGCGUGCAGCGACACGACGCUCUCUGCAUCCUACCCGUCAACGUGCUCAACGAGAAGAUUUACAUUUUCGCUUGGUUCUGGCUGGUCUUCCUGGCCGUCGUUUCCCUUUUCGCCCUGCUCUACCGCUUGCUUGUCAUGACGUCGCCCGCCGUCCGCCAUCUUGUUUUCAAACGAAUCGGUUCGACCACUAGCGAUCCGCAAUCGAUGGCCAUCCUGAGUCGACGGCUUGCCUAUCCCGAUUGUUAUUUGGUCUUCCUGCUGGGCAAGAAUUUGCAAGAUGUGGCGUAUCGUGAUUUGUUGGACGAUUUGGCCCAUCACCUCGAUCAUUCCCAUCUCAAUUGUUAAAUGUUUUAAGAGUUCUUAAAUCAAAUGCUUUCGACUACU